AUGUCAUGCUUUCAGCUGAUGCAUAUGGCUGACGACGAAAGCCAUCCGAGUGUAUGUGUAAGUUUACUGCGCGAGCAAAUCAAGGAAAAAAUAGACGCGUCUCGGCAGAAGGAUGCUUCCCGUGUUCUUUCAGGAAAUGCUGUGCCAAUCUAUCCACUUCCUGAAAAUGGUGGUUCUCCUCCAGUACCGCCUCACAGGCCAAGGCUUUCUGACUCUCAGCUGUCUUCAGUCAGGACAUCGAAGCCGCCUGUUGCUCCCAAGCCGCCGCACAUUUCACGUCAGGCUCGGAAGCCUACGAUAUUUGUGUCCGAUGGCGAAGGUGCCCAAAAUAAUAAUGUUCCUUCUGCCAAUCUGAAACCAUACCAAAUGUCUACAACUCAGUCAACUGGAGAAAGCGACGGGCAUCCGCGUAGCACCCGUGAUGUUCAACGGCCACGAUCUACCGUAUCAACCACUAGCACUGAGAAUGGUGAGGCUGCAGACCUGUCAGAUAGCGAUUCUGAUGAUGGUCGACAGAACGGGAUUCCUCUUUUGCAUAGGGCGGAUACAUAUCUCGGUGGACCUGCCCAACUCUCCCUUCGAAGGCCCUCAGCUCUUUGUUUCAAUGGCGAUCCUUCCAUUCAUGAGAAGAUUGUUGACGAACUGAAGAGGCAGGGAAUAAUAAGGUCGAGUGAUCGGAUGAUGAAAAAACGAUCGGAGGGGCAUUCAACGGAUAGCCACCGAGGGCGUAAUUCCCUUCAGCCCACUGAAGGAACUGCGUCCUGUAACACUUCCUUGUCAACAACUAUCUCUGAAGAUACUCUUCCAACUAACAAAAGAGAAAAUGCGUACAGCAGUCGAAGCAGUAUCGUUACCACUACCUCUGCAGAGUACGAUUCUGUUCCUGAUUACAGCACCGGUGACGCUAAUGAGGAUAAAAGGUUGAAGAAGCUACACUAUGCCGCUAAUGAGUUCUACUCAGUGCAAAAACUGUUUCUGAAGUAUUUGCGGGAUAUGGGCGAGGUAUAUCCCGAAUAUGUAACAGAAUUCGGGAAGAGACUUGGGAAGGAUCUUUUGGCUCGUCAAGGGAGUCAGUUGCACAUUGUACGACAACUACAGCUGCACUUUGAACAACUCAUCCGUUUUCAUCAACUUCUUCUGGACGAGUUCUCCUCACGUCUUGAUACAUGGAGCUCAUUGAGACCGAACAUGGCUGAUAUCAUUAUCAAAUAUGCUGACUUCCUGAAGAUUUGCAAGCCUUUUCUCUUAGAAAAGUCUCGUUUCGUUCAAGAGCUCACGCAACUUCGUCUUGAGAACAAAGAUUUCGAUAACGCCACUGUCGCGUUCGAGCAGAAGAUCUUCAACCGUGGUGUGGGUGCGGUAGUUCAGCAGCUCGAUCAAGUGCAUCAGAAUUUUAUGAGGUAUAAAAUUCUGAUGAUGAGUUACAAUAAUUAUUUGAAAGAGGGAACUGAGGAACAAAAGAAAACGUUAGAGGCUAUCGCAAAACUAGAGAAAAUUGCUCAGUCCGUGAACGAAUCAAUGGGUCUGCCAAGUAAUGAAGAACUUUUCAAGUUGUACGACCGUUUCCAGGUAUAUACUAAGGAAAAGUUAAUGUUCAAGUUAUAA